AUGUACUAUGCCGCUGUCACGGCUUUGAUUUGCACGUCGACUGACGGAGGCUGCGUCCUUGUUCACGCAUCUCUCAACUACAAUGAGCUUCUAUAUGCCUGCCAGUGCGACGAAUCCGGUGACGCCGACGAAUGUUGUGACGGCGGCCAGCUUCCCGACUUUGACUUCCUCAGCGACUGGCCAAAAGAUGGCUCGGCCACCGACGCAGUAGUCGCCUACUCCAUGCCCGUCCUGCAACUCGCCGAAGCCAUCAGCAGCAUGAGGGACAUCAAAGACAUUGGCGAAAAGGUUAAGGAAGAAACAAAGAAGGACCUCAUCUUCAAGAUCCUCAGCAUCGUCUUCAUGGUUAUUCCCUUUGUCGGCGAGGCCCUCGGCCCGCUCAUCGGCAGCGCAGCAGUCGCUCGCAUUGCGCUUCUCAUCGGCGAAGCGGGCAAUGGGGCACUAACGGUGGCAAGACAUCAUUGA